AUGCGGGCCUGGCUGCGCGUGACGCACGACGAGGGCCCCUGCCAGCGGAGCCUCCACGUCGCGGCGAUCUGGCGCGACAAGAUGCUGUGCUUCGGGGGCUACGACGGGUCGAACCGCGUCAACGACUGCUGGGAGUUCGACUUCGGGAAGCGGUCCUGGUCCCUCGUCGUGCCCGCGUCCGGGUCCCCGCCGACGCCGCGGGACCGCCACGUCGCCGUCGUCUGGGGCUCGAGCUUCUACGUCUUCGCGGGCUUCGACGGCACGUCGCGCGUGAACGACUUCCACGAGUUCUCCUUCGGGAGCUCGAGCUGGGCGCCCGUGCGCGCCCUGAGCGGGCUGGCGCCGUCGCCGCGCCACUCCCACGCCGCCGUCGUCUACCACGACUCGCUCUACGUCUUCGGCGGCUACGACGGGAGCUACCGCUGCGACUUCCACGAGUUCAACUUCGUGACCUGCGCGUGGAGCCCCAUCACGUCCGACGGCCGCGUGCCGCGGGCGCGCUACCGCGCGACGACGGUCGUCCACGAGCACGCCAUGUACCUCUUCGGGGGCCACGACGGCACGCGGCACCUCAACGACGUCCACGUCUUCGACUUCGGCGCGCGCGCAUGGAGCGGGCUCCAGGCCGAGGGGCCGGCGCCCAUCCCCCGCGACUCCCACGUCGCCGUGACCCACGGCCACUCCAUGUUCGUCUUCGGCGGGUCCACGGGCUCCGCGAUGAACGACUUCCACGAGCUCCGCCUCGACGCGCGCAAGUGGCAGCCCGUGCAGGCGUCCGGCUACGCGCCGGGCCACCGCUUCUGCCACGUCGCCGUCGUCCACAAGGACUCGCUCUACGUCUUCGGGGGCUACGACGGCUCGAACCGCCUCAACGACUUCCUCGAGUUCAAGUUCGGCUUCGGCGGCACGGACAUCCCCGCGUCGUCGCUCAUCACGGACCUGCGGCAGCUCGUGGACUCGGAGACGCUGAGCGACGUGACCUUCCUCGUCGACGGCCUGCCCGUGCGCGCCCACAAGGUGUUGUGCAUGCGCUGCUCCUACUUCCGCGCGCUCUUGACGGGCGAGAUGCUCGAGAGCCGCGCGUCCGAGAUCGCGAUCAACGACGUGCGCCACCCCAUCUUCCUCGCGUUGCUGGAGUACCUCUACACGGACAACGUCGACAUCGCGCUGGACAUCGCCAUGGAGCUCUUCCAGGCCGCGGACCAGUUCGGCGUCGAGCGGCUCAAGCGCAUGUGCGAGUCGAAGAUGCUCGCGUCCAUCCACGUCGAGAACGCGGCGACCAUCUUCCACGCCGCGGACCAGCACGCGGCCAAGAGCCUCCGCGAGAAGUGCCUCAACUUCAUCCUCACGAACUUCGACGCGGUCACGCGCACCGCGUCCUUCGAGGAGAUGGGCCGCGUCAACGUCGAGCUCGUCUUCGAGAUCCUCAAGUCCCGCUCCAACUAG